AAUGGAAGUGGAAACUUAGAAUUUAACAUAAGAGGAACUUGAACUCUUCAAAUUACUUAAAUUAAGAGAACAAGAAUUGGAAUAUUUAGAUAUAUAAGAAUAAUAUUUGAAAGAAGAUUAAAAAAGAUUGAAAAGAGAAUUAGUGAGAAGUAGAGAAGAAUUAAAAAGAAUCUAAGCAGUCCCAUUAACAGUAGGGUAUAUAUUAGAAUUAAAUAAUACAUAGUCAUUUUAAUGAAAUGAUGAAUGAGAAUUAUGCUUUAAUAAAUUCUAAUGGUGGAGCAACACUAUAUGUUAGAGUACUCAGUACAUUAGAUAGAGAAAAAUUGAAACCAAAUACAUCAAUUGCUUUACAUAGACAUUCACAUAGUGUUGUUGAUAUUUUACCCACCGAAACAGAUUCUUCAAUUCAAAUGAUGCAUGUAACAGGUAUUAAAUAUUAAUAAUAAAAAGAAAAACCUGAUGUAAGUUAUUAAGAUAUUGGUGGGUUGGAUUAAUAGAAGUAAGAAAUCAAAGAAGCUAUUGAAUUACCAUUAUCUUGCCCUGAAUUAUAUAAAUAAAUUGGUAUUGAUCCACCAAGAGGUGUUUUAUUGUAUGGUCCUCCUGGUACUGGAAAAACAAUGAUAGCCAAAGCUGUUGCUCAUCAUACCACUGCAUCAUUUAUUAGAGUUGUUGGAUCAGAAUUUGUAUAGAAAUAUUUGGGAGAAGGACCUAGAAUGGUUAGAGAUGUUUUCAGAUUGGCAAGAGAGAAUGCUCCUAGUAUCAUAUUCAUUGAUGAAGUUGACUCUAUUGCUACAAAGUAUAUAAAAUAUUUAUUCAAAAUUUUAGACGUUUUGAUGCUUAAACAGGAGCAGAUAGAGAAGUUUAAAGAAUUCUUAUUGAAUUACUAAAUCAAAUGGAUGGUUUUGAUUAAAGUACUAAUGUUAAAGUGAUUAUGGCUACUAAUAGACCUGACACUCUUGAUCCAGCACUUCUCAGACCUGGGUAAGUUUUAUAUAUCUAUAAUUUUUAGACGUCUUGAUAGGAAAAUUGAAUUCCCUCUUCCUGAUAGAAGAUAAAAACGAUUGAUAUUCUAAACUGUUACAUCAAAAAUGAAUUUAUCAGAGGAAGUUGAUUUGGAAGCUUUCAUCAAUAGACCUGAUAAGAUUAGUAAUGCUGACAUUGCUGCCAUCUGUUAAGAAGCUGGAAUGUAGGCUGUUAGAAAGAAUAGGUAUGUUGUCAUACAGAAAGACUUUGAUAAAGCCUACAAAAUUGUAGUUAGGAAAACUGAGAAAGAGUUUAAUUUUUACAAAUGAA